AUGGCCUCUGACCUGGAAAGCAGCCUCACUUCCAUAGACUGGCUCCCACAGCUUACUCUAAGGGCUACUAUAGAAAAGUUAGGGGGUUCCUCCCAAGCAGGACCCCCGGGGGCUGCCCGGAAGUGUCCCCCCGGCUCCCCGACAGACCCCAAUGCCACCCUGAGUAAGGACGAGGCUGCAGUGCACCAGGAUGGGAAGCCACGGUACAGCUAUGCCACUCUGAUCACCUAUGCCAUCAACUCCUCUCCUGCCAAGAAGAUGACACUGAGUGAGAUCUACCGCUGGAUCUGCGACAACUUCCCCUACUACAAAAACGCCGGGAUUGGUUGGAAGAACUCUAUUCGCCAUAACCUCUCCCUGAAUAAGUGUUUUCGGAAGGUGCCUCGGCCGAGGGAUGACCCUGGGAAGGGCUCUUAUUGGACAAUAGACACGUGUCCAGAUAUCUCUCGCAAGAGGCGGCAUCCUCCGGACGAUGACAUACCACAAGACUCCCCAGAGCAAGAGGCAAGCAAAAGCCCCCGAGGGGCUGUUCCAGUCAGCACAGAAGCCUCUUUGCCACCUGAGGCCACCCCUCAGCUGUCACUCCAGAGCACAACCCCCAUUGCCAACUACAGCCAGGGUGCAGGGCCUGUGGAUGUGGCCUCCACUGCAGCAGGGGCGCAGGGCCGCGAAGGAGCUGAUGUGCCAACCCCACUGUACAGUGCCAACCAUGACUUCAAAUUCUCCUACUCUGAGAUCAACUUCCAGGAUCUUAGCUGGUCCUUCCGAAAUCUCUACAAAUCCAUGCUGGAGAAGUCAUCUUCCUCUCAGCACGGUUUCUCUUCUCUCCUUGGGGACAUGCAGCCCUCCAACCACAACUACUACAUGUACCAGCAGCAGCAGCAAGGCCCUUCCUCAGUGGGUGCUGCUCCCCCACUCCACACUCCAACCCCAGAGGGUUGCCCAUCCCAGGGGGGGAAGCAGCAGGGCGGAGAAGGCUACGGGCCUCCCCCAGUGAUGUCCAUGCACCCGCCCCCCAUGCAGCACGGGGGCUACCACCAGCACCAGCAGCAUCACCCCCACUCCCACCCGCAGCCGCCGCACCAGCACCAGCAGCAGCAGCAGUCGCAGGCCUCCAUCAGCAGCGCUGGCUUCGCCUUUCCCCCGGACUGGUGCUCCAACAUUGACUCCCUGAAGGAAAGCUUCAAGAUGGUAAACCGGCUGAACUGGUCCAGCAUUGAGCACUCCCAGUUCUCAGAGCUGAUGGAGAGUCUGCGCCAGGCCGAGCGGAAGAACUGGACGCUGGAUCAGCAUCAUAUUGCCAACCUCUGUGACUCCCUCAAUCACUUCCUCACCCAGACUGGUCAGCUCCCUCACCUGGUGGGCCCACAGCAGCCUUCCCGAAUCUCUGACUCCUGCGCCCUGAACAGCGGCAAACAGGAGCAGCCCCUGAACCAAGUCAACUCCUAUGGUCAGCCCCAGCCUCCCCAUCUCUUCUCUGGGCCAUCCCCGAUGUACCAGAUUUCUACCCAGGACUCUCCAGGAUACAAUCGCCCAGCUCACCAUCUGGUCCCUCGGCCUCCGGGGCCCCCACCAGGUGCCAAUGAGGAAAUCCCUGAUGAUUUCGACUGGGACUUGAUCACCUAGCGAGUUACAGACUU